CACACAGAUAAAGAGACAGAGACAGACAGAGAGACAGACAGAGAGACAGAGACACACGCAGACAGAGGGACCCUUGUCCCGGCUCCACAACUGCGCUCCGGGCGCCCGGGACACGCCGAGCUGCGGGGAUGUUUGCCUAUCUCCUGGCACUGCUGCUGCUCUGGUUUGUGUGCUGGUGGCUACGUGACAGAGUCAGGCUGGAGAAGGUUUCGGACAAGCAUGUUUUCAUCACCGGCUGCGACACUGGUUUUGGCCGUCUGGCGGCCAGGGCCUUCGACAGGGUGGGGUUCCAGGUGCUGGCGGGCUGCCUGACCGAGGAAGGAGCUCGGAGCCUGACGACGGACGCUUCCAGCAGACUGAAAACCAUCCAGCUGGAUAUCACCAAACCAGCCAGCAUUGAGGAUGCAGUGAAUCAGAUCACCCAGGAGGUGGGAAAUGCAGGUCUCUGGGGAUUGGUAAACAAUGCCGGGAUCGCUGGAGUUCUCUGCCCCACAGAUUGGUUAAGAAUCGAACAUUUCAGGAAACCCAUUGAAGUGAAUUUAUUGGGACCUAUCGCGGUGACGUUAAAGCUGCUGCCGCUGGUUAAGAAGGCCAGGGGAAGGAUUGUGAACGUGACCAGCGUGCUGGGUCGCAUGGCUCUGGGUGGCGGUGGCUACUUCCCAGCAAAGUUUGGAAUGGAGGCUUUCAACGACAGCUUAAGGCGAGACAUGAAGAGUUUUGGGAUCAAAGUUGCUUGUAUCGAACCGGGGAGUUUUGAAACGAGAAUGACGAACUAUGACGUGCAUCGCCACAGCAAGCAAUGCGUGUGGGAUAGCCUACCAGCAGAUGUAAGGAAGCAGUACGGAGAAGAUUAUUUCUUGCAAUCCUGCAUUAGACGGGAGAAGCUGAUGAGAAUCUUGUCAAGUCGAGACCUGUCGCAGGUAGUGUGGUGCAUGGAACACGCGCUGACAGCCAAGUAUCCAAGGACCCGCUACAGCGCUGGCAUCGACGCCAAACUGGUCUGGAUCCCAAUGACGUAUUUACCAACGUUUAUAACUGAUUACCUGCUGAGUACGGACACAAUAAUCGACCCCAACGCUGUGUAAAGACUCUCGUCCCGUUUCCACUCGAAUGUCACUUUAGUAGAAGCAUUGAUGUGAGAAGAAUGCUUGGCACAUCACACGCCGUUGAUGGCGUAUUGCAGGAAAACUAGUGUUAAUGCCAUUGGUACGGUGUGUGUGGACUACAUUUAUGUCUAAAUAAAGAAUCUGUUUCUGGAAAGAGUGAAGAUCACCGUGUUAUGUGUAGAAUGAUGAAUAAAAUAUAUUUGUGUUUGUGAAA